AUGCUAAAAUCAUGGUCCAUCAAUGUGAGACCAAUGCCAAGGGACUGGAUUGAUCUAGUAUCGGCGGUUCUAGAGAGGAUCUCAAUUAAACUGGAAGUAUCAGUCCUGCACUUCGCAUGCUCAUGUGGACACCUUGAGCUAGUUUGGUUCUUUGUGCUGUCUGGCUGUGAUAUUAAUGCCACCACUAACAAGUACAUGACACCUUUAAUACAGGCUGUACAGAAAAUGCAAAGAGACAUCAUCAUCUUCUUGCUGCAGGAGCGCACUGAUCCAAACUGGAAAGAUACCAAUGGGAAGACAGCUCUCCACCAUGCUGUACUCAGUGAUGUCCCUGAGAUAGCAGCUGCCCUCCUGGCACCAGGGGGCAAGAUUGAGCAGACCUCAAAGUAUUUCAUUUACAUUCAGCUAUCUAAAAUCAAGCAUGUGGAUUCAGGUACACCCCGCCACCUACUGGAGGACAACGGUUAUUGCACCUACUCUUGCUUAUUUGAUUAAACGACAG